CUCAUCCAAAUUUGAUAAUCACCCUCUGGCCUCUAGUCUAGUCCUCGACUCCUCGACCCUCUUGCCCAGGUGACUAGCUAGGCGAGACAGUCGCAACAACCAAAGUGAUGGAGGCUUCACGGACUCCGAGACGACUGAAGGGUCACACUGCCACCGCCACUUCCUGCAUCUCCUCUCGUCAACGCCCUUCUGUCGUUUUCACUGCCGCCGAGGAUGGUUGCUUGUGUUUGUUUGACUUGAGAUGCAAAGAUGUUCAACAAAUUAUGAAGUUAGGCAAUGAUGCUAUUUCGUCUUUGUGUUUCAAAGAAGGGAAUGAAAAUAUGAUAUACAUUUCUUCUGGGAUAGACAUCAGUUGCUUUGAUGUUCAAAUGGCUACUUUUGAGAAGCCCAUGGAGUGCUACAAAUACAACAAAGAGGAAAUUAACCAGAUAUCAUGUAACUUGAAGUCAUCUUUUCUUGCUGCUGCAGAUGAUAGCGGUGAUGUGAAGAUAAUUGAUAUCCAACGGCAAUGCCCUUUCAAAACAUUGAGAUCUGGUCAUGAUAGUAUAUGUAGCAGUGUUCAGUUUGUUCCGUGGAAGCCUUGGGAAGUUAUUACUGGAGGUCUGGAUUCUAAGAUGAUCAUGUGGGGUUUUUCCAAGGGACGGCCAUUCCUUGUUGUGGAUUUUGGGAAUCUGGAGGAAAGCACUAAAAACACCGGACAGUUUUACAACCCAGCUUUCAUCCAUGCUAUAGCUGUUCCUGAAAUGGACAUGUUGGAUAAGUUAGGAAAGGCAUGCGCCGUUGCAAGAGGAGAUGGGAUUGUCAGCUUGAUCAAUAUAGAAGCAGAGCUUGCUGCUGUUAAGUCAAAAGGGCUUUCCAAAAACGAUAAAUGUCCCCAAGGCAGGUCAAGUAAUGCUGCUGCAGUCUCAGAUGUUAAACGAAAUGAGAUGAAAAGGUUGCAUUUGGAUUAUACACUCGGAGGCCAUUCUGCAGCUGCUUCUUGCGUGACAUUUUCAACAUUUGGAGAGAGAGGGAAGUUCAUAAUAUCUGGAGGAAAUGAUAAAUCAGUUAAGGUCUGGGAUUGGUCUCGGUAUCUUGAUGAGGCUCAAAUAAGUGCGGACUCAACUUCAGUAAUUAGCAUUGAUUUGCCAAAAAAAGUUAACUGGCUGUGCACUACCCCGACUGAUUCAGACAACCUUGUUGUUUGUGAUACAUCCAAAGUGGUAAAGGUUUAUACUCUUGCUGCUCGUUUUUUUGAAGAUGAGAUACACUCUCAUCUCAAACACUCCAAGAAGGGUACUGUCGCAAUGGCUAGCGCUGGCAAGAAUCUCAAUGCAUCACAAUUCUAUAUAACUUUAAGGGAUGACAUUCGCUACCUUGAUGGCAAACAUACUGUUUUUGGGAAUGUUGCAGAAGGUCUCGAUGUCCUAGUGAAAAUAAAUCAAGCUUAUGUUGAUGAUAGGAGGAUACGCUUUGAUUUUAGUCAAAGUGCUUAUAAAGAAUGGCAUAAAUAUAGGUUCAAGAUGACCCGAUCAAGAUCCCUUCGACCUAAGAAGAAUCCUAGAUCCUUUGUGCACAAGCCUACAAUGGGUGGACGAAGAAGAAAGAAAGAAAAGCAGUCAAAGAUGAUGCAAUCUGGCCUUCCACAGUGCAACACUUGCGGCGAGCCAGUAGGACUUGAUUCGAAUGGAAAUGUGUUUGUGGCUUGCCUUGAAUGCAAUUACCCUGUUUGUAAGGCUUGUGUUGACUAUGAGAUUAAGGAAGGUAAAAAGGCUUGCUUUCGUUGUGCUGCUCCCUAUGAAGAUAAUGUGACAUAUGAUGAGGCCGGUGUUGAGGCAUCUGGUAGUCACAAGAACAAAACAACCCAUCUUACUAAUGAGCAGGAUCAUGGCCUACAUGCUCGAAACAUGAGCACCAUCUCCACAGUUGAUAGUGAAUUGAAUAGUGAAUCUGGAAGCUCGAUAUGGAAGCAUCGAGUGGAGAGUUGGAGAGAAAGGAAAGACAAGAAAAAAAAGAAUGUUAAAGAGUCUAAAGCUUCAAAAGAAGUUGAACAAAUUCCACCUGAACAACAGAUGGAGGAACAGCAGUUUUCAGAGGCUGCUGCACAACCACUUUCAAGAAUUAUUCCGAUCCCAAGAACCAAGAUCACCUCAUACAGGAUCAUGAUCAUUGUGCGGUUGAUCAUUCUUGCACUAUUUUUCCACUACAGAUUAACUAAUCCUGUGGAUAGCGCCUUUGGUCUAUGGCUCACUUCUGUUAUCUGUGAGAUCUGGUUUGCUUUUUCCUGGGUUUUGGAUCAGUUUCCUAAAUGGCAGCCCAUCAAUAGGGAGACAUUUAUCGAUCAGUUGUCCUUGAGGUACGAAAGAGAAGGAGAACCUUCACAGCUUGCAGCUGUGGACUUCUUUGUGAGUACGGUGGAUCCAUUGAAAGAACCGCCUAUAAUCACAGCAAAUACUGUACUUUCCAUCCUUGCAGUGGACUAUCCUGUUGAUAAAGUCUCCUGCUAUGUAUCUGAUGAUGGUGCUGCAAUGCUUACCUUUGAAUCACUUGCUGAGACUUCUGAAUUCGCGAGGAAGUGGGUUCCUUUUUGUAAGAAAUAUGAGAUUGAACCGCGAGCUCCUGAGUUUUACUUCUCACAGAAGAUUGACUACCUUAGGGACAAAGUGCAGCCUUCUUUUGUGAAGGAACGCAGAGCAAUGAAAAGAGAUUAUGAGGAAUACAAGGUGAAGAUGAAUGCUUUAGUUGCCAAGGCACAAAAAACCCCAGACGAAGGCUGGACUAUGGCAGAUGGAACACCUUGGCCAGGAAACAAUACUCGUGAUCAUCCAGGAAUGAUCCAGGUUUUCCUUGGAAAUACUGGUUCUCCUGACAUAGAAGGUAACGAACUUCCAAGGCUCGUAUAUGUUUCAAGAGAAAAGAGGCCAGGAUUUCAACACCACAAGAAAGCCGGUGCUGAGAAUGCUUUGAUCAGAGUAUCUGCAGUCCUCACAAAUGCUCCCUACAUUCUGAACCUUGAUUGUGAUCAUUAUGUCAACAACAGCAAGGCAGUUCGCGAGGCAAUGUGCUUCCUGAUGGACCCUGUAGUCGGUCAGGAUGUUUGUUAUGUUCAGUUCCCUCAAAGAUUUGAUGGUAUUGACAAGAGUGAUCGUUAUGCCAACCGAAAUGUUGUCUUCUUUGAUGUUAACAUGAAAGGACUUGAUGGGAUUCAAGGGCCAGUUUAUGUCGGAACUGGUUGUGUGUUCAAUAGACAAGCACUAUAUGGCUAUGGACCACCAUCACUACCUAGUUUAUCCAAAUCAUCCUCGUCUUCCUGUUGUUGCUGCCCUUCCAAGAAGAAGGAAGAAAAGGAUGUCUCAGAGCUUAACCGUGAUUCAAAACGUGAAGAUCUAGAAUCUGCCAUAUUUAACCUCAAGGAGCUCAACAAUUAUGAUGAAUAUGAUAGAUCAAUGUUAAUCUCUCAAACAAGCUUUGAGAAGACAUUUGGAUUAUCCACUGUGUUCAUCGAGUCUACAUUGAUGGAGAAUGGAGGUGUUCCAGACUCUGCUAACUCGCCAACAUUGAUCAAGGAAGCGAUACAUGUCAUUAGCUGUGGGUAUGAAGAAAAGACAGCCUGGGGAAAAGAGAUUGGAUGGAUAUAUGGAUCUAUUACAGAAGAUAUCUUGACAGGGUUCAAGAUGCAAUGCCGAGGAUGGAGAUCAAUAUACUGUAUGCCCUUAAGGCCUUGCUUUAAAGGGUCUGCACCAAUUAACUUGUCUGAUAGACUGCACCAGGUCCUUCGUUGGGCUCUUGGAUCAGUGGAAAUUUUCUUUAGCAGACAUUGUCCUCUUUGGUAUGGAUUUGGAGCUGGCCGCCUUAAGUUGCUUCAGAGAUUGGCAUACAUUAAUACCAUCGUUUACCCCUUUACUUCCCUGCCUCUUGUUGCCUACUGUACAUUGCCUGCUAUCUGCCUCCUCACCGGAAAGUUCAUAAUUCCUACUCUAUCAAACCUGGCAAGUGUGCUCUUCUUAGGCCUCUUCACGUCCAUCAUACUCGUCAGUGUGUUAGAACUAAGAUGGAGUGGAGUAGGCAUUGAGGACUUGUGGAGGAACGAGCAGUUCUGGGUCAUUGGAGGAGUCUCAGCUCACCUGUUUGCUGUCUUCCAAGGACUGCUGAAGAUGCUUGCAGGACUAGACACCAACUUUACUGUCACGUCGAAAUCAUCUGAUGACACUGAAUUUGGAGAACUCUAUGUUUUCAAGUGGACUACCCUUCUUAUCCCUCCCACCACCCUCAUCAUCCUCAACAUCGUCGGGGUGGUGGCAGGGUUUUCUGAUGCCUUGAACAACGGCUAUGAUUCGUGGGGACCACUCUUCGGAAAGGUCUUCUUUUCCUUCUGGGUGAUCCUGCAUCUGUACCCCUUCCUUAAGGGUCUCAUGGGAAAGCAAAACAGGACACCUACUAUUGUGGUGUUGUGGUCUGUGCUGUUGGCCUCAGUUUUCUCCCUUGUUUGGGUCAAAAUCGAUCCGUUCGUCAGCAAGGUGGACAGUAAGAGUAUUGCUCAGAGCUGCAUUUCCAUUGAUUGCUGAAAAAAAAAACAAGCAAACCUUAGCAUAUAAUUUUUGUUAUCUUUGUAGAAUAAUUUUGGUUUAUUUUUUGAUAUAUGUAUGAAUUGAUCAUAAGCUGUUGGAGUAAAUUUUAAGCAAAUUCCACUUAUGGCAUUAGUUGGGUGUCUUUCUUUUUUAAGAAGUUACUCUUUAGCUAGUAGAGAGUAUUUGGCAUUGUAGAGCAAAAGGGUGUGAUGCACUACAUACUUUUACGUACAAACGUUAAUGUUAACUACCGUGUUAUUGGUUAAAA